AUGGAUACAGCUGAGAAUAUCGGAUUUCAUAAAAGUAGAAUCCGUGGGGCACGUCAGCUACCAUCCUCACUCACAAUUUCAAAGAUCAAAGGUAAAACUAUUACAUCGGAGGCUCUUGAUUUGGUGAGUGGCGAACAGGAUACUCUCUAA